AGAGCAGCACGUGGGGCGGCGCGGGUCACAUUCCAGCCACGACGAUGAUGCAAGUGUGGCGCCUGACAGUGCCUCUCCGUGCCUCCCUCACCCUCUCCCCGGCACUGCUACACCAUGGCACCUGCUGGCACUGCACCGCCCGGACCCUCAGCACGUGUGGGAGGCAGCUGGCCAAGGCGAGGCGAGCUGCGGCACGGAAGACUUCACUACACACAGGCCAUCUACAGCAGCUGGUCCAGGCCGACACUCAUUAUGUGGAGAAGCAGAAGAAAGAAAUCCUUCGAAUAUUCCCAAAAGUGAAGGCGACUUUGAAGAAUAUGUUCUAUAACUUGUCCACAAACCUCAAUGAGAACUACAGGUGUGAGGAGAAGACAUUAGCCAUGGGGAGAAUCAGUCACCAGCUUGUGUUCCAGUGCUCCUUCUCCAUCACCUGGCCCAGACAACUCACCUUCACUGGCUACGGCUUCAACAAGAAAAGUGCAGAGAUAAGCGCUGUUCUCAAAGCUGCUGAAAUGUUGUACCGAGAGAAUUACAUGACGGAGGAGGGGUACCCGGUGACGGUGUCGGUGGAGGAGCGACACCAGCGGCUGCAGGAGUGGAACCCCCCAGCGAUCACCAUCCCGAGCCACACACUGCAGGAGGGACAGACUCUGCUCCACCAAUACCAGCAGGAGGUGCGACCUUUGAUGGAGAAGGUGCAUGCUGCCGUGUCCCCUCCACUGCCUGGUGCUGUGCUGGAUGACAGGGAGGAGGAGGAAGGACCACUUGGCAUGCUGGGAGAGGAAGCAGAAGGAGGCACAGAGUCAGAGAGAGACCCUUACAACCUGCUGACUGGACAGAGACUCAGCAGGCAGCAAGAGGACACAGAAUACCGCAGCAGACUCUUUACUCCCUCCUGCAAAAGCGACACCCACAUCCAGCUGCCCAGUCACAACACCCAAACCUUCCCAUGCUGCAUUAUAGGUAAACUUUUUGUGUGUGUGGACGAUGUGCUCACCACCCUGCAGGACAAUCAGGUGCUGGUGAUCUCAGGUGACACUGGCUGUGGCAAGAGUACACAGGUGCCUCAAAUGAUCCUGGACAAAUGGGUGAAGGAAGGACAUGGGGCAGACUGCAAUAUCCUUGUCACUCAGCCCAGAAGGAUCUCAGCUAUAUCCUUAGCGAAGCGUGUGGCGAGGGAGCGUGGCGAGGCGAUUGGUGAGAGCGUCGGCUACCAUGUGCGUCUUGAGUUCCGUCCAGUGCGAGGGAGUGGCGGGGUGAUGUUCUGCACCACUGGGAUGCUGCUGCAAGGGCUCAACACCAACCCUACACUGGCUGGUGUGUCACAUGUUAUAGUGGAUGAGGUGCACGAGAGAUCUGUACAAACUGACAUCCUGCUGAUCCUUCUGCGGCGCCUUCUGCAGCAGCGGCCGAAUCUCAAAUUAGUGCUGAUGAGUGCCUCGCUAAGCACACAGCAACUCCUACGCUAUUUUUGGGAUGAGGCUGCUCUUAUCACAGUCCCUGGCACUCUGUAUCCUUUAACGCGGCACUACCUCCCCUCGGCGCUUCAGGUCCUUGGCAUCAACCCUCAGCAUCACACCCUGGCUGCCCUCACUGAGCCAGACAGCCACCCGUCAGUAAAUGUGGACUUGGUAGUGGAUGUUCUCCGUGCCAUUGACAAGUCACGACCACCUGGUGCUGUUCUCUGCUUCCUCCCAGGCUGGCAAGACAUCUCGCUGGUGCUGGCUAGGCUGGUGAAGGAUGUUAAGCUGCAGAGAAGGCUGUGUAUUCUGCCGCUACAUUCCCAUCUCCCGACACAUGACCAGGAGAUGAUAUUUGAACCCCCCCCGCCAGGACAGAGGAAAGUGGUGCUUGCUACUAAUCUGGCAGAGACGAGCUUGACUGUGGCGGAUGUGGUGUAUGUGGUGGAUACCGGAUUUCAUAAGGAGCACAGAUACAACAGCAGAACAGACCUCAAUGUGCUGGGGAACCACUGGAUCUCCCGUGCCAACAGCCAGCAGAGGGCAGGACGGGCAGGCAGAGUGCAGCCAGGGGAAGUGUUUCAUCUCUACUCCUCUGAGGUGCACCAAGCCAUGAGUGCCUUCCCUGUCCCGGAGAUCAUGAGGAUUCCACUCGAGCAUGUUAUUCUUCAGUGCAAGGCACACUGUGGUGAGGAAAGCGUGCGCAGUGUUUUAGCCGAGGGAAUGAGCGUGCCAUCCCGCCGCCUGGUCUCCGCUGCCAUGGCCAACCUGGAGAGGCUGGGCAUGCUGACACAGGACCACCACAGCAACACAGAGCACCUCACAGCACUGGGCAGGAGGGUGAUGCAUUUCUCAACACCACCACACUUCUCCAAGGCCCUGGUGUUGGCGUCUGUGUUCAGGUGUGUUGACCCAGUCCUGUCCAUCUCGGCAGUGUUGACAGGAGGUCGUGGUAUCUUCCUGGGCAGCAUUGACCUCCGCUCCAAGACACGGGAGGUCAAGAUUGAGGCUGACCCCACCAGUGACCUCUUGGCAAUGUACAGUCUGCAGAAGGAAUGGCGUUUGUAUGACAAUUACAGCAACAAACUUGACUUCUGCAAUGACAAGAACCUCAGUUAUAGAUAUGUCAAGUUUAGUGAAGGCAUCAAGCAGCUGUAUGGAAGCCACCUACGCGAGGCAAGACUCCUGAACUUUGAGGACGUGCAGUCAGAAUUCUCCUCAUGGAACACCAACAGAGAAAAUGGACAGUUGGUGUUGGGUGUGCUGGCGGCGGGUGUGGCCAGACUCCUGCACUACAAGAGAGGAUCCUACUCCAAGGGCAUCCUCAACCCAGACUCCCUUGCCAUUAAGGAUGAGAAAGGUGAACACAUAGACACAACCAGCGAAUGUGUCCUCCACCAGCCUUCCCAAGCCCCCUCAGCCCUGCCCCUCCACCUGCUGUGCCUCCAACUCAGCAGGGAUGGGGUCAGCAGGAGGACUGUGGCUCGUGACCUGUCCCUGCUGCAGCCUCUCACUGUGGCACUCUUCACUGGGCGCCGGCUGGAGGGUCAGAGGUCAACGCACGGGUCAUUCUGUGUCAGUGUGGAUGGUCUGGAGAAGAGGUCAUUUUCUGUGGAUGAGAGGACAGGGCAGUUUCUCCUGGAGCUGCGGGAGGCCAUGGAGGAGGUGAUAGAAUACCUGAUGGAGACACGGGGCCUGCAUGCAACACCACCUGAGGCCGACACCUUCUGUGAUGACUUUGUGAUGUUUGUUAGCAAGCUGGUGGACUUACAGGUGCAGGAGCAGAGGGUAAGCAGGUUAAGAGGGGAGGAGGAGGGGUGUUGAAAGGAAGUGGGCAUUGUAGUGGAUGUUAAGUCCAGUUAUGUCUGUGUACCUGUGAAGUUUUGGGAGUAAGAGGUGGAUAGUUUGGGAAAUACUGUUUGAUGAGGGAUAUUGAAAGUAAAUGUGUUUUUGUGUAGUAAGUGAGAAUUGUAGUGAAAAUUAAGACUAUUUAUGCUUGUGUACCUAUGAAAUUUUGGGAGUAAGAGGUGGAUGGUUUGUGAAAUGCUGUUUGAUGAGGGAUAUUGAAAGUUUGUGUAGUAAAUUGUUAUUGUAGUAAAAAUUAACACUAUUUAUGCUUGUGCACUUGGAAAAUUUGGGAGUAAGAGGUGAAUGGUUCAGAAAAUGUCUGAUGAGUGAUAAUGAAAGUAAGUUUGUUUGUGUAGUAAAAGGGAACUGUAGUGAAAAUUAAGUCCAGUUAUGCUUGUGUACCAAUGAACAUUUUGGGAGUAAGAGGUGAAUGGUUCACAAAAUGUAGUUUGAUGAGGGAUAAUGAAAGAAUAAGUGUGUUUGUGUUGUGAAUUUAUAUUAUAGUGAAAUUUAAGACUGUUUGUAUACUUGUGAACUUUAUGGAAUGCUGAGAGGAGGGUGAUGAAAAGAAGUUGAAAUAUUGAAACUAGCUAAUUUAAGUGUAGGAAAUGUGGGGAAUUGUAUUGAAAGCUGAGAUAAGACUAACGAUUCCUGUAUCCUUGUGAACAUUUCUAAUAAUGGAUGAGUAAUUAGAGGAAUACAGAGACAAGGUUAAGAGAGGAGUAAAAAUCAAUGCAAGAAUAGAGAUUAGAAACAAAAUGAGAAAGUUUUUUAUAUUGAUAUUUAAGAGGAAAGGAUAGAUUACAGUAUUAAUUAUAAAAGAAUUAAUGUAAUAGAAAGAAGUGAAAUAGAAGCAAAAGUGAAUCUCAAGAUGGUGUUG